GUUGGCCUUGAUUAGUAUCCGUUCGGUAUUCAGAAUCAACAGAUACAUUAUUUGAAAAUUCCCACAAUUUUUUAUACUUUCAAAUCCAGUUUUCCGGGGAAAAAUGACAGAAGAUAAUCCGGAGGUGGAUGUUGAAGAAGGUCGUUUGAGGGGAGGUACCAUGGUGGACUUCGAUGGACAUCGGUUCUAUUCAUUUCUGGGUAUACCCUACGGAAAACCCCCUGUAGGUCACCUCAGAUUCAAGGCACCUGAACCUGCCGAACCUUGGCAAGGCAUACUAGACGCAACUAAAGAUGGAGCUUGCUGCUACCAGAGAGAGUUUCCAGAUAUGACCAAAAGAGACGGUUCCGAAGACUGCUUGAAUCUCAAUGUCUUCACGAAAACGCUACCUUCAGAACACUCCAGCCCCAAGCCAGUGAUGGUCUACAUCCACGGUGGCGGCUUCACUUCGGGCUCCAACAAGCCGAGCUUCCACGGGCCCCAGUACCUCAUGACUGAAGACAUCGUCCUGGUGGUAAUCAACUACCGGCUAGCCGUGUUGGGCUUCUUGAGCGCCGAAGACGACUCGCUGGAUGUUCCUGGUAAUGCAGGCCUCAAAGACCAGACGCUGGCUUUGAAGUGGGUCCAAAGGAACAUCGGGAGCUUCAAUGGAGAUCCUGAGAACGUGACGAUAUUCGGAGUCAGUGCUGGUGGAGCUUCCGUCCAUUAUCAGAUUUUGUCACCUACUGCUAAAGGUCUAUUCCACAAAGCUAUCUGUCAAAGUGGAUGUGCCCUAAAUCCGUGGCCUUAUGGACAAAGAAAUCUGCUAGAAUUCGUUAGAUUGAUAGAUGAGACCGUCGAAACGGAAAAAGAAGCUUUGGAAAUAUUGAGAAAACUCACUAUCGAAGAACUAUACGAAUACCAAGAAAAAUUCCUAGAUGACAAACCGCAACUUGGUGUUUUCGCACCGGUGAUAGAAAAACCCAACUCGACAGCUUUCAUAACCAAACACCCUAUAGAAAUAAUCACUUCUGGGGAAUAUAACCAAGUACCGAUGAUAUUCAGUUAUUGCUCCAAUGAGGGACUGCUAACCGAAGUUAUGAACAGCUUGGCCAUAGCAACAGGUAGAACUCCGAAGGAACUGGGAUUAGAAAGUUUCAUUUAUCGUGAGAUGAAUGUGGCCCAGGAAAGUGAGGUUAGCAAAGAAAUAUGCCGAAUGCUCUCAGACUUCUAUAAUAGAGAUGACAAUGUGCACGACAAAUACAUGCUCGAUUCUGAUUAUUAUUUUGUGGCUGGAAUAAUAGCAGCAGUUAUGAACCAUGCCAAAACAAACCAUAAUCCUGUUUACUUGUACAGAAUGUCCUUUAACGGAAACAACAGCUUUAAGAAACUAUUUCAACUUGAUGAAUAUCCAGGUGCUUCUCAUGGAGACGAUUUGCCAUAUAUCUUCUUAUUUUCAAUUUUGUCCGCAACAAAUUUGGGAGAAGGCGAAACAAAUACGAUAAGAAGAUUCGCAGGACUAUUUUCGAAUUUUGCUAAAACUGGAAAUCCUACGCCGUCUGGGAACAACUUCAAUUUAACGUGGAUACCAGUCGAUGCAGAAAACAUCAAUUUUCUGGAUAUAGACAGAGACCUGGUCCUCAAAUCGAAUCCAGAACCUGACAGAAUUGAACUGUGGAGGAAGAUUUUCCAACUCAGUCCCGCAACUAAUAAAUAUUUGUAGUUUUCAUCAAAUCAGUUGUAGCUAUUUAAUUAUAUAUUUCUACUAUCUAGAAUGAGUUAUUGAAAAUACACUCAGCUCCAAAAAAAGUGACGCACUUGAUAUUUGACCUAUUU